AUGCUGCCGGCAGCAUCUCAAAUUCUGGUGACCGAGGACACCCCCAGGGUCGUUUUAGGUGCUGGCGCCGCAGGUGCUUCGACAGCGUACUAUUUACAGAAGUAUGCUGAGCGUGAUGGUGUUGCUGUCAACAUUACAAUAUUUGAGAAAACGGAUCAUAUUGGCGGACGCACACUGACUGUCAACCCAUAUGACAAUCCCCACGAAGCAGUAGAGCUCGGCGCUUCCAUCUUUGUUGAGCAGAACUUUAUUCUCUAUAAUGCCAGCCAGGAAUUUGAGUUACCGCUCAGGGAUCCCUACGGAAAGGGUGCCGAUUCGCUUGUCAUUAUUUGGGACGGCGAGAAGAUUGUCUUCGAACAAUCUGAAGACAGCUGGCAAUGGUGGGAUCUCACCAAGCUUUUUUGGCGUUAUGGGCUGGCUCCUUACCGAACGAAGAAGUUAGUAGGAGCGGCUCAAACAAAAUUCCACAAGCUGUAUGAAUCGCCUUAUUUUCCUUUCAGGUCUCUAACAGCAAGGGCUUUCGAAUUGGAUCUCGCCAGCCUUACCGGACAGACAGGGGAACAGUACUUGGAGCAGAACAAUGUUGGACAAUCAUUUGCUCACGAAAUUAUUCAAGCAGCUACUAGAGUGAAUUACGCCACGAAUCUAGGGAAAAUCCACGGCCUCACCACAUUAGUGUCUAUGGCUCCUGAGGGUGCCGUUGCUGUUAGUGGAGGCAACUGGCGGAUCUUCGACCGAAUGGUCAAGAAUACGGGAGCUGCAUUAUAUCUGAAUACAUCCGUAUCUUCGAUAACCCUCGACGGUAAGCAGGCCAAUGCUGCCGAGGCCAAGUACUUGAUCAGCACACGACCAACCGAUAAGGAAGAUGCGAAUGAAGAGACAGACGUCAUCGCUUUCGAUGACGUGGUCAUCGCAACACCGUAUCAGUUCAGCAAUAUCAAGACAGCUGGCGACAUCAUCAAGACUGCCAUCGACGAGAUACCCUAUGUGCGAUUGCACGUCACCAUAUUCGCCUCUCCUUUCCAAAUGAGCCCAGACUUCUUCAGCCUGGAUGACAAAGCCAAGAUCCCUACAAGCGUUCUCACCACGCUCGCAGAUGACGACGAUGCUAGCUCGGGAGCCAAUGGCUCAGGCAAGGCAGGCUUUUUCUCCAUCAGCAGCCUACGCACGAUCGUCAAUCCAGCCACUUUGCAAGAAGAAUACUUGUACAAGAUCUUCUCUCCCGAGAAGAUCACCCCCGAAUUCCUCUCACAGUUGCUUGGAGUUCCCGUACCAGACUCUUUCAUCACGCCCCAGGAGAGUGGCGAUGAGGGAGAUACAGUGAUAUUACAGCCAAUCUCAUGGUACUAUCCGCAUGUAUUCUUCUCAUAUCCUCAAGAACUUCCGCGCGUUACUUUUCAGGACCCUAUCCUCCGCGAAGGCCUGUAUUACACGUCCGGUAUGGAGAGUUUCAUCUCGACCAUGGAGACGAGCGCUUUGAUGGGGAUGAACGUCGCGAGACUCAUUGUGGACAACUGUCUUGGACUUAACACUGGAAAUGCUGUCGAUAAGGAGCAGGCACGGCCCUCUCCACAAAAGGGGAAGCAGAGCAUCUUGGCUGGCGUGCAAGAAGAUGAGCUGUGA